AUGGAUGAAAAAGGUUGUCGUUUAACAAUUCAUCAUCAACAAAGUGUUUUAGCCAAGAAAGGGGCCACAAGAGUACAUUUACAGUCUGCGGAGCAUGCAGAAAAUGUAACUAUCGCGGGAUGUGUAAAUGCACUUGGUAAUGCUAUACCUCCAAUGAUCAUCUUUAAAGGCAAACGUCUAAAGCCGGAACUGUAUGACAAUUUACCGCCAGGUUCUUUAAUCCAAAAAUCAGCAAAAGGAUAUAUGACUAAUGAACUUUUCAAAGAGUUUUUGAAACAUCUUGCGAAGUUCAAGACUUCAGGAGAGUGUCUUUUAAUAUUCGAUGGAGCAGCUUGUCAUUUAGAUUUGUCGAUUGUCGAUCUAGCUGAUUCACUUGGUAUAUAUUUAUACUGCUUACCAUCGAACACCACUCAUGAACUUCAACCUCUUGAUAAAGAUGUUUAUCGUUCAUUUGAACAUCACUGGGAUGCUGAAGUUUUAUUAUUCUUGGAACAGAACCCAGAUAAAAAACUCACUAAAUCACGGUUCAAUAUCAUUUUAUCAAAAGUUUGGUCCAAAUGCAUGACUCAGAGUAAUAUAACAAGCGGCUUUCAAGCAACUGGUUUGUAUCCUUUUAAUCCCAAUGCUAUUCCAGAAAUCGCAUUCGGUCCAUCUACUGUGACAGAGGUACCAGCAAGUCUUACACUUGAUACUGUGGAUGAAGCCAAUUUACAAUCCUAUAAUUCUUCAACGCUUCUGGCACUCGACAAUGUCAACAAAGAAAAUUUACAACCUUCUAAUUCUCUAAGGCUCCUUGCGAUUGAUAGUGCUCAUGAAGAAAAUUUGCAACUUCUUGGCUCUCCCAAGUCAACAAACCAGAAACCCAGUAAAUCAUCAAAUGACCAAGUUUCCUUGGUAUCAAAAUAAAAAAAAUAAUUGAUGAGCUCUCAAUUGAACCUACUAGAAGUACUGCUGCAGUCCUAAGUAACUCCAGUUUAAACAAUGGUGAAGUUAGUUAUGCAUCAGAACCUCAGCUCAAAGAAACUUCAUUCUAUGAGCUCAUGCCUUCGCCUCUUAAACGUUUGGAAAAAACUCAAAAAAAAAGAAGAAAAGCUAUUAAUUAUCGAGAGACUCCAGUUACGAAAGAGCUGUUCGACAAAGUCGUUGAGAAAAAGAAAAAAAUUUCAGACCCGAAGAAGAAAAAAACAAAAACUGUAAAUAAAUUUAAUUUCAGAGAGCAAAAGAGCUGGUAUUGUCAUUGAUGUGAAGAAGAUGAGAUAGCUGAUAUGAGG